AUGGAUGAUAGUGGGCAGCAUGGUAAUGGGAGGCACAGACAUGAGUCUUACAAACAGUUUCACCCUCAGCCCCCACAACUAAUGAAGGAUGACCAGGCAAGGAUAAUGAAAUUCAUGAGCAUCUUAGGUGACAGGGACACUGCAAUCAGAGAACGGAAUUUGGCUAUCUCAGAGAAAGAGGCUGCUUUGGCUGAGCGAGAUCUAGCAAUCAUGCAAAGAAAUGCUGCCAUUUCUGAGAGGAAUAAUGCAAUGAUGGAGCGAGACAACGCUUUUGCUGCCCUCAAAUACAAACUGAAGUCUUCUGUGAUAGGCAGUAGUGUGUCUCCAACAUGCCCCUCAGAGUUUGAUAUUGCACGUGGAAUGACAUACAUGCACCACAUACAGCACAUGCAGCAAAACCCAAUGGCAAAAGCUUCAUACAAUCCAAGGCAGAUGCACAUACAUGACAAUACCUCCUUAUCAGCUGUUAUGCCGGAAUCUCCGAAACCUGGACCGGGUGGGCGUCCAGUGGAGAACAAGGUCAUAUCAUCCAGCGAGAUGACAGCAUCAAAGCCGCCUUCAAGAAAGAGGGCUAAGAGAGAAGGUGAGGGCCUGAAAAAGCCUGCCACAGUUGCCAACACGUAUGAGCAGUUAAUGUUUGGUAAUGGGAGCGGUGAAGAGGAGGAAGACCAACAGUGGACGAAGUUGGAGCAAAGAGGGCUAAAACAGGUGAAUUUUGACGCGUCUAAUAUGCUGCCUCCUGUUUGCUUGUGCACCGGUGCCCUACAACAGUGCUAUAGAUGGGGUAAAGGAGGUUGGCAGUCUGUUUGCUGCACAAAAACUCUGUCGGUGUAUCCUCUGCCUGUGAUGGAUAAUAAGCGAAGCUCUCGCAUUGGUGGAAGGAAGAUGAGUGGCGGCGCUUUCACAAAGCUCGUAAGCCGGUUGUCUGCGGAAGGUCAUGACUUGUCAUUACCACUUGAUCUAAAGGAUCAUUGGUCUAGACAUGGGACAAAUCGCUACAGCACCAUCAAGUAG